AUAUUUUUUCAUGGAGUUAUUCUCUAUGGGAAAUAAACACGUGUUAUAUUCCCGCCGGCGUCGAAAUCGAUCGCCUAAUUAUAUACUCUUUCGCGAGGGAAGGUGAAAAUUGUCAAGCGUUUCGAUCUCACGGUAGUAUUAUAUAUCGCGCUGCAUUUACAUUAAAUUAAGCUAUUUGCAUUAGAAUUUAAUAUAGUAAAAUGAAGCUAUAGCUAUAAUUCAGUUGGCUAAUCGAAAGAGGGGAAUAAGCAAACCAUCAGUAUUUUUGCACUGUCGAACGCAUCUUGAUGCUCGCGGAGAAAUGAUCAGCUUUGACUCUCUGCACAUCAGUCUUAAUCGAACUUUGCUACUUUCGAUUGGUCUGUGGCCUUAUCAGCAAUCGAAUCUCGUUCGAUUUCAAAUAGUCCUGCUUUUUGCUAUUUUGACGACCUGCAUUAUAUUUCAGUUUACAACGUUUCUUACUUCAAAAUGUACUCCGGAUCUUUUCAUUAGCGUUUUCUCUUCUGCAUUAUUUUUUGUUACUUUUGUUAUUCAAUAUACUUGGUUUUGUAUUAACAUUAAAAUUGUGAAGUGUUUGUUGGAGCAAUUGCUGAACAUGUAUAACGAGUUAACGGACGAGCAUGAAAUCAGUAUUAUGAAAGAGUGCGGCAGCUAUGCAAAACGUUACACGAUUGGAUUAAUGCUGAUCUUCAUAAUUUUUGUACCUGUUAUAAUUUUGUAUCCAUUCUGGCCGCACUUUCUCGACAUCUUAUUAUUUACAAACGAAACUCUAUCACGUCCUCCGCUGAGCAGGAUAUUUGUUACCGAGUAUUUUGUCGAUCAGAAAAAAUACUUCUAUUUGAUUUUGUUGCACGGAAACGCUGCUCUAUUCGUAGGACUAGUCACAGUAUUAGCGACAGGAACCUUAUUGAUAGCCUAUCAACAGUAUGCCUGCGGAAUGUUUCGAAUCGCCAGUUAUCGCCUCGAGCAAGCAUUGGCAGUCGAUACUUUACGAAAGGGCAGUCUACGAAAUAGUUUGAUUUAUAAGAAGUUGAUUCAUGCCGUGGAUAUGCAUCGCGAAGCUAUGAGAUUUUCAGACUCAUCGAUAUCAAGAUUUAAAGUAAUGUUCUCCUUUAUAAUAGUAGUCGGAGUGAUUAGCGCAAGUCUCAAUUUUUUUCGACUUUUUCAGGUGCUGUCAUUUGGAUAUGACGCUGAGGAACUUUUCUUACCUUUACUAAGUGUGAUCGUUUAUACGUCGUAUGUAUUUGUAGGCGAUUAUGUUGCACAAAAAGUUAUGGAUCACAAUAAUGAUGUGUUUGCCACUGCAUAUAAUAUUCAGUGGUACACAGCUUCUUUAAACAUACAAAAAAUGAUAUUGUUUUUAUUGCAAAGAAGUACCAAGAUUUUCAGUCUAAAUAUUGCUGGAUUGAUUGUGGGAUCAUUGGAAGGUGCAGUUACGUUGUUAAGUACCACACUAUCAUACUUCACCGUUCUUUACUCUAUACGGACUUGA